AUAUGGAAUCUUGUCGGCAGUACUGACGGACGUAAAGACUUAAUUAACUUGUGGCUUUUCCUCUUAGUAGCCAGUGCAAGCAGUGGUUCGAUUCUAUACAUUAGUUCAGUACUUAACACUUUAGUGUAUGUCUGUACUUUCCUUGUGUUUAGUUGCCUCUUGUCACCCAGUUCGCCUAUCUGCGAAUGUAUCGUUAACAUUUACGAGUUACAAAGCUGACAUCGUCGUUCACGAAAAUGAAAAUGGAUCAACGGGUAUGGAUUGCGGUUUAUAGUAUAAUAGGCAUCGUAUACGGUGUACCAUCUGUAUUACCAGCGAUAAGCACUGCAGAGUAUGAUUCAGAAUUUUGACAUCCUCUGGUAAUAGGACAUCGAGGCGCCAGUGGAUAUGUCCCGGAACACACCCUCGCCUCAUACGCGCUAGCAGCACUCAUGGGAGCUGACUACGUGGAGCCUGAUCUAGUCAUGACCUCAGACAAACAACUAAUCGCUCGACAUGAUAAUGAACUAGGAUUAACGACGGACGUUUCUCUACGCCCUGAGUUUUCGUCUCGCUAUCGAAACAAAACCAUAGACGGCAACGAAAUUAGUGGCUGGUUCACCGAAGACUUCACCCUAGCAGAGAUAAAAACAUUGCGUGCUGUUGAACGCAUUCCUGAUAUUAGGCCUGGCAAUGCCCGUUUGAACGGUGCCUUCGAAAUUCCAACAUUUCAAGAAAUUAUUGAUUUAGUCAAAAGUUUACAAAUCAGCCAAAAGAGGGUUAUUGGACUGUACCCAGAAAUUAAGCACAGCACGUAUUUUCAGUCAGUCGGAUUACCAAUGGAACUGGCAGUUAUUGACAUUCUUCACCGUAACGGUUAUGAAGGAUCUCACGCACCAGUGUAUAUACAGUCGUUUGAAAUCAAUAAUUUAAAAAGCCUUAAAAAUAUUACACAAUUAAGGCUCCUGCAGUUGUACGAUAGUAAGUCUAUGUCGCCUUUCGAUCAGAUUGUAAGUGGAACUGGCGUCACGUACGGUGACAUGGCUACUCCCGAUGGUCUUAAGGAAGUAGCAAAGUAUGCUUACGCCGUGGGCCCAGACAAGAGCUACAUAAUUCCCCGUGAUGCAAAUAAUAACCUUGGAGAAGUGACAACUUUCGUUAGCGAUGCUCAUGCUGCUGGCUUGAAAGUGCAUCCUUACACAUUCCGCGCUGAGAACAAUUUCUUGCCAGAAGAAUACAAUAGUGAUGUAACAACCAACAAAAAUUCUGCUAUCGGCAACUUGGCUGCUGAGGUCCAAGCUUAUUUUGAUGCUGGAAUUGACGGUCUGUUCUCUGACCAGCCUGAUAUUCCAGUAAGAACCAGAUCUUCAUGUGCAAGGAAAACACUCCAUUGAUGUACUUACGCCUUAUUGAGAAGCUGUCUGC